GCGGCAUGGCGGCCUAGGCCUGGGAUGUCUCUGCUGCGGCUGCGGGCGGCGCUGGCGGGCACGGCCCCGCUCCGGCGCACCGGGGUCCCAUGGAGUGUGCUCAGGAGCUACUCCUCCGCCAGCGCCAAGGAGAAGGCGAGGAGAGAGACCACCUGUGAGAGGACAGAGCUGCUGCAGGUGCUGAAGGCUCGAGUGAAGCAGCUCCAAGACAGCCACAGCCCAGAGGUCAGCAAAGUGGAGGUCGCCUCAGUGGGCAAUGCCAAGCAGCAGGAGCCGCUGCAGCAUGCGGUGCCCCCCAGCCCCCUGGAGGAUCCAGCUGCCAGGGCAAGGGAGGAGAGCCCAGCCUGGCCCAGUGCCUUGGCAGAGAAGAUAAAGAAGGAGAUGCAGCUCCAGCAGCUGAAGGUGGAGCAGAAGUUGUCCGUUGCUGCCUCCAAGCCUGCUCGGGAGGACCAGACCAAACCAAAGGAUAAGGUGAAGGCCAAAAAGGCUAAAGCCAAGAAGAGCCAGAAGAGCCCAAAGGCUGAGGUGGCUGCUGCCUGGAGCCAGAGCCCUGCCAGCUCCCAGAGUGCCUACCCCCACGGCAAGCCCAGCGUGGCAGCAGCGAAGCUUCCGAAGGCGCAGAGGCCUCGGGCGGUGCCCAGGGACAAGGAGAGCAGCCAGUUCAAGGUCCUGCAGCAGACCAUCCUGUCCAGCCUGGAGUGCUUCCUCUUCCUGCAGCAGCCAGAGGAGGCUGAGAGGUUGCUGCUCCUGUACUACCGCUCCCCGGGCAAGAGGAGGCUUUUGAACAUCGAUGCCUACAACGUGGUGAUGAGGAGCUGGGCAAAGAAGGGCAACCUGCAGCACAUCCAACUCCUCUUUUCCAUGCUGGAAUCCGCUGGGCUCCGACCCAGCCUGGACUCGUAUGCAGCAGUGCUGGAGUGCAUGGGCCGGGCCCUGGUGCCCACCAAAACUGUCUGGAGAUACAUGCAGCAGCUGAGGAAAGAUGGUUUCCAUGUGGAUGAGCUCUUCCAAAAGUGCCUGUUUGAGGAUGAUGAGAAGGAGAAGGUGCUGAAGGUCAUCAGGAUUGUCCAUCCCACCUAUCAGCUGCCCCCUUCUCCCAGCCCUGAUACCUGCAAGUCUACUCUUCUCCAGGACUUCUAUUCCAGAGACAAGGCAGAGCCAUACCCCAAGCUGGUGCUCUCAGUAGAGGAGCUGCAGGAGUGCUUGCGGCAGCAGCUGGAGAUGGAGCUGGACAACACUGUCACCAUCCAGUCAGUGGAAGCCACCAAGCCUCUGACCCCACAGGCCAUCCAGGCGCGCAACCUGCUGGCCACGCUCCGUUCCCAGUGGCACGACUCCAUCCUCCAGGCCCUGCAGAAGGCAAAGCACAAAAUGUCCAGGUUCAAGACAGUGUCAGGGUACAACGUUCUCUACCCCUACCUGUGCCUACUGCCAGAGGAGGAGUAUGUGGGCAUCAUGCUGCAGAUUCUCAACAGCCUCUCUCCACAAGGGGAAUCCCUGGCUGUCCUGGCCAGGGAGCUGGGCUCCAAGGUCCACAACAGGUACAUCACACUGAGGAAGCAGCACAGCUGCCAGCUGGAGAAGGUGCAGCAGAUCUAUGGGGACUACAUCCACCUGCUGGCAAAGGAUGGCCAACCAAAGGAGUAUUUGCCACGGGAAUACUGGGAGAAGCUGGUGGCAGAAGCAGGCUUUGGGCCCUCGCUGACCCUGAGGGACUGCAGCUGGCCCUACAUGCUGCUGAUGCGCCUGGGCAUGCACAUGCUGGAGCUGCUGGUGCAGGCUGUCAAGGUGCCCAGGAACAUCCUCAACCCUCGCCUGGAGUCCAAGCUCGUCCCUGUCCUCUACCACAUCUACUCCUUCCGCAGCAGCUGGCAGGUUGGGCUGAUAAAGCCCCAUCCUGUCUUCUCCCAGCUCGUCUUGGAGGCUGCAGAGAGCACCCUGACCUUCAACUCCUCUGCCAUCCCCAUGCUGUGCCCCCCGGUGCCCUGGACCUCCCCUCACUGUGGUGCCUACCUCCUGAACGACACCAAGCUGAUGCGCUUCGUGGACGGAGCCAUCCAGCACCAGCAGCUGCUGGAGCAGUGCCCUCCUGCCAAGCUCCACCCCGUGCUGGAUGCCCUCAACCAGCUGGGCAACUGCGCCUGGAAGAUCAACCAACCCAUCCUGGAUAUCAUCAUCUCCAUCUUCAACGAGAAAGGCAACGAGAAGCUGGACAUCCCCCCCCCACCCUCAGAAGCUCCCAAGCCUCCUCCUGCCUCUGGUGGUUCCUCUGCCUUGAGCAAGAGCCAGAAGCAGGAGGUGCUGCAGUGCAAGAAGAAGGCUGCAGAGAUGCACAGCCUGCGCAUGGAUGCCCUCUACAAGCUCUCCAUCGCCAGCCACGUCAGGGACAAGGUCUUCUGGUUCCCUCACAACAUGGACUUCCGAGGCAGGACUUACCCUUGCCCGCCUUACUUCAACCACCUGGGCAACGACGUCACCAGGGCCAUCCUGCUCUUUGCAGAGGGGAGGCCCCUGGGGCCCAAGGGCCUCGACUGGCUGAAGAUUCACCUGAUCAACCUGACUGGGCUGAAGAAGAAGAAUGCCCUGCAGGAGAGGCUGGAGUAUGCCAAUGAGAUCAUGGAGGACAUCCUGGACUCGGCUGACCACCCGCUGACGGGCAGGAAGUGGUGGAUGAACACAGACGAGCCCUGGCAAGCCUUGGCCUGCUGCAUGGAAAUUGCCAAGGCCCUGAGAUCCCCAGAUCCAGCAGCCUACAUCUCUCACUUCCCGGUUCACCAGGACGGCUCCUGCAAUGGUCUGCAGCACUACGCCGCUCUUGGCCGGGACCUCAGUGGUGCCAUCUCUGUCAAUCUGAUGCCCUGCAGCGUCCCCCAGGAUGUCUACAGUGCGGUGGCCCAGCAGGUGGAGGAGUUUCGGAAGAAGGAUGCCAAGCAGGGGCUGAAGAUUGCCCAGGUCCUGCAGGGCUUCAUCAGCCGCAAGGUGGUGAAGCAGACGGUGAUGACGGUGGUGUACGGCGUCACGCGCUACGGCGGGCGGCUGCAGAUGGAGAAGCGCCUCAAGGAGAUCGAUGAGUUCCCUGAGGAGUAUUUGUGGGAGGCAUCUCACUACCUUGUCAAGCAGGUGUUCAAUGGCAUCAAGGAGAUGUUCUCAGCCACUCGAGAUAUCCAGAACUGGCUGACAGAGAGUGCCAAGCUCAUUGCCCAGUCGGGACAGACGGUGGAGUGGGUGACACCUCUGGGGCUCCCCAUCGUGCAGCCCUACUAUCGGUCCAAGCCCACCGUGCUGGUUUGUGGCAUGCAGAACUUGAACGUGAAGAGCUCCAGCACCAACCAGAAGCCUGACACGGUGAAGCAGAAGAAUGCCUUCCCCCCCAACUUCAUCCACUCCCUGGACUCCACACACAUGAUGCUUACUGCUCUGCACUGCCUCAGGCAGGGUCUGACCUUUGUCUCAGUCCAUGACUGCUACUGGACUCAUGCACUCACCGUGGACGUCAUGAACCAGAUCUGCCGGCAGCAGUUUGUGGCUCUGCACAGCGAGAAGAUCCUGCAGGAUCUGUCCGAGUUCAUGCUGGAGAAGUACUGCAGCCCUGGCAGGGAGACCAGAGCACUCUGGCAGAAAAAGCUGAUGGAGCAACUCUCAAGUGUCCCCAAGACAGGCGAGUUCAACCUGAAGGAGGUGAUGGAUUCUACCUAUUUCUUCAGCUGAGCCUGGCUGCCGGUGGGGCCUGCGCUACCUCAGCACCACUGCUGCCCCCAGGCUGCGCUUGGCACCAGCCCAUCAGGCUCCUCUGGCCUGCAGCUCGUGGGUAAAGAGGGUUCUGCUGCCAGCCCAGCAAAGGAGAGGUGCUGGGGCAAACUGGGCCCCCCACAAGGAGCAGCUGUGAGGGGUGGGCUGGGGACAGGGGGUCUGUGCCAUUUGCUCUUCCUGCUGCAUCCCAGGUGGGGGCAAGGGCAUCAUGCCCUGGCAGGGGCUGUGUUCCUCUGGUAUGGGUGGAAGGGGCGAUGGCAGCCGGGGCUGGUUCCCCUCAGUCCUCACCCUGGCACCAUGUGCCCGCUGUUGCUGUGAGCUCCAGAGCUUGCCAGGUUAAUGCCAGUUCUGGGGUGCCAUUUAUGAUAACCUUCUGCCCCUGUGGGGCUCAGCCCUUCCAGAAGGGCAACCAGCCAGGGCCUCCUGCCCCUUCCUGCCCUGCUCUGGGGCACAGGGCGAGUGCUGCUUUGUGCCCUGCUCCAGCUGCUGGCACUGUCACUGCCGUCCUGCAGUGCAGCCUGUGUGGCUCUCAGUUCAUUUCCAGGCAUCGUUUUCACUUCUCAGAGGUUUUCCCUGCCUGAGCCACUAAGUGGGGGUGGGAGGUGUAAGAUACUGUAAAUAAAACGGUUUUGGAAGUCC